AACUAAUGUCUUUUUAUUUCAAGCAGGGCUAUAAUAUGGAUUUAGAACUCGAGGAUUAUUAUAACAAGACCCUGACCACAGAGAACAAUACAACUGCCAUUCAGAAUUCUGGUUUUCCAGUGUGGGAAGACUAUAAAAGCAGUGUAGAUGACUUGCAAUAUUUUCUGAUUGGGCUCUAUACAUUUGUAAGUCUUCUUGGAUUUAUGGGAAAUCUCCUUAUUUUAAUGGCUCUAAUGAGAAAGCGUAAUCAGAAGACUAUAGUAAACUUCCUCAUAGGAAAUUUGGCUUUCUCUGAUAUCUUGAUUGUGCUGUUUUGCUCACCUUUCACACUGACAUCUGUCUUGCUGGAUCAGUGGAUGUUUGGCAAAGUCAUGUGCCAUAUAAUGCCUUUCCUUCAAUGUGUGUCUGUUCUGGUUUCAACUUUAAUUUUAAUAUCAAUUGCCAUUGUCCGGUAUCAUAUGAUAAAGCAUCCCCUUUCUAAUAGUUUAACAGCAAACCAUGGCUACUUCUUGGUAGCAGCUGUCUGGACACUAGGUUUUGCAAUUUGUUCUCCCCUUCCUGUGUUUCACAGUCUGGUAGGACUUCAGGAAACAUUUGGCUCAGAGUCCCUAAGUAGCAGAUAUUUAUGUGUUGAGUCCUGGCCAUCUGAUUCAUACAGAAUUGCUUUCACUAUCUCUUUAUUGCUAGUUCAGUAUAUUCUGCCCUUAGUCUGUCUAACUAUAAGUCACACCAGUGUUUGCAGGAGUAUAAGCUGUGGGUUGUCCAGUAAAGAAAACAGGCUAGAAGAAAAUGAGAUGAUCAACUUAACUCUUCAGCCAUCUAAAAGGAGUGGGCCUCAGGUAAAGGUCUCCAGUAGUCACAAAUGGAGUUACUCGCUCAUCAGAAAACACAGAAGAAGAUACAGCAAGAAGACCGCAUGUGUAUUACCUGCUCCAGUGAGACCUUCUCAAGGAAGUCACUCAGGAAUGCUUCCAGAAAACUUUGGUUCUAUGAAAAGUCACUUGUCUUCAUCCAGUAAGUUCAUACCAGGGGUUCCUACCUGCUUUGAGAUGAAACCUGAAGAAAACUCAGACAUUCAUGAUACGAGAGUAAACCGUUCUAUCACAAGAAUUAAAAGAAGAUCUCGAAGUGUUUUUUACAGAUUGACCAUUUUGAUAUUAGUAUUUGCCGUUAGUUGGAUGCCGCUACAUCUUUUCCAUGUGGUAACUGAUUUUAAUGAUAAUCUUAUUUCAAAUAGGCAUUUCAAGUUGGUGUAUUGUAUUUGCCAUUUGUUAGGAAUGAUGUCCUGUUGUCUUAAUCCAAUUCUAUAUGGAUUUCUUAAUAAUGGAAUUAAAGCUGAUUUGGUAUCCCUUAUUCACUGUCUUCAUAUGUCAUAAUUUUCAGUGUUUACCA